AUGCUUGCAACCAGAGAAGGGUACGCCGAUGCCUGUAAGCUUUUGUUGCAAAGAGGUGCUGAUUGCAGGAUGGUCAAUCAAAGAGGAGAGACAGCGAUAUCUCUAGCUAGGAAAAGUAGUAAAUGUAAGGCUGCAGAAGGAGUGAUAUUCGAUUGUUUGGCUCCUUCUCAUGUGCUACUAGGUGAGGAGCUUUGGAAGCACAAUCGUGAGGGAAGAGGUUCCCCACACGUGAAGGUUAUUCAGAUGCUCAAAUCUGGCUUGUUAACAUGGGGAAAAUCGAAUCGAAGGAAUAUGGCAUGUAAGGAAGCAGUGGCAGGACAAAGUCCAACCUUUUUGAAGAACAAAAGAAAGGUAAAUGAAGCUGGAAAUGAGAUGGUUUUCUGGGUUUUAAUCGAGAUGGGGAGAGAUAUUCAUUUUGAGGCAAGUUCUGCUGCUAAUUCGAAACUUUAG